GCAUUCUGUGUGUCUGUCUGUGUCUCCGGGUCCAGCCCUUGCUUUCAUGUCUGGGCAGCCAUUCAAUCUCUCUUCCUACUAGCCUUCGAUUUUAACUUAUCCCUAUGAGUUUCCCUGUAUAUACACCUUUGAUGUAUUACCUAUUCUUUAAUUUGGGCUGGUCUCCAUAAUGGUCUUCUUUGGUCUUGUGUGGUCUUGACAUGUACUAUUAGUGUAUUAUGGAAACACUGUGACUGAAAUUUGCAAGACCCAUUAAAACCACGCCAAGUCUGGGUCUUGGAAAUGGUAGAAACGUAGUCUAUUCUCCGGACCGCUGCAGACUGCACAAGACAGAGUAGGACUCUAUGUGGAGACCGGCGUUUAACCCUUUCUAAAGCUACUGCGGCUGAAUUUCUGAAUUUUUGUCUUUGUGCUACAGAUGACAGCCCGGCCAGUUCAACCACAACUGAAGCGUGGAACAGCUCUCUAGUAUGCAUUCCAUACACACAAACACUCGCUCCUACACACACACACACACACACACACACACACGCUUUGCAUUUUCCACUCUGUGUGUGCGGUGCAGGCCACAACACACAGGCACAUGCAAACACACUGUACGCUACCUGUAAUAUUAUCACCCUCCGUGCGUGGAAAUGCCUGCCACCAUAUGCCACCAGCUAUUCCACUUUUUGCCUAGCUGCUGCGACAAUGUGUUUUCUGCCUGCUAUAUUAUAGCGUACACUACCAGUGAUGCAAGUAAUUUCUCUACUCUCCAAAUUUCUGUUCUCUACAAAUUUCUGUUCCCCACAGGUGCGAGGCACAAUGUCUAGUAACCAGGCAGUGGCAAUAAAGAUUGCCAAGGGCAGUUUGGAGCACCAACAGUUCUCCCAAGUAUACCCGGUGUUCAUUUUCCCGAGUGUGUUCUGUAUUGGACUGACGGGGAAAGCCCUGGCAAUUAUGAACGGCAAACAAACCGCCGAUGAACUCAAAGAAAAACUGACAGAAGCUUUUCAGAAACUGAACGAAGAACUGGAACCUGUGGCGUCUCCACAAACCGCACCCACUCAGUCUGAAACUCCACCCACCCAGUCCGAAGCCCCACCCACCCAACCGGAAGGUUCCGGAGCUUCCCAGCCACCUCCUCCUAUACCUCCGCGGCCUUCUCAAGAGCUUUCCCAGUCUCCUCCUCCUCUUCCUCCACGGCCUUCCUCAGUCGAAGGAAAAGAUUCGGCCACUGGGGGGGCAGAGGCGGAGGAAGGGGAAAAAUUAGUGCCCCCCAGUGGGGGUCACGAGGGGGCCGAGGGAAGGGGUCAAAGUGCAGCGGCAGCUUGGCAAGGAAGUAGGGAGGAGAAGCUGGAGAGGGCUCAGCAGACGAUUCGUCAGAGGAGAAGAGAGAAGGAGGAGGCCGAAAUUGAGAAGGAGAAGAUGGCGGAGUUGAAGAGAAGGGAGGAAGGAAGGGGGCUGGGUGCGAGUCGAAGAAAUCCCUCGAAGACCUCCGCAGACAGAGCUGGAUCAGCGAGAGAAAGAAAGCCAAGGAGGAGGAGAAAGCGGCAAGAGAGGCUAUUCGAGCCAAACUGAGGCAAGAUCGUCUCGAGAGAGAGGCAGAAAAGAGGUCAAGAGAACAGCAGGCAAUGAUGACAUCAUCUCAGACAGAUGGAGCAGUGAGGCAGCGAUCUAUUCCUUCAUCUUCUUCAUCUCCUACCUCAUCUCUAGGUGCUAUCGGAAUGUGUCGGGUUCAGCUGAGGCUCCCGUCAGGGGUGAAGUUGGUCCUGGAGAUGAAUUCCAGGGACAAACUGGGCGCCCUGAGAGAUAGAGUAUCGCAGGCAAGUCGUUGCAGAGAGCCACCGUAACUUGUGCUUGUUGACUGUUCUUUUACAAGACUCUAUAAAGUCUGUAGGGAUGAGAUUGCCUGAAAUUUAACUCACGGCGUGUAUGCAUCAGACAAUAUCUUCACUAGCUGUAGCUAUAUAAUUAUAUACACGGCCCCUAAACUUUCACUUUUGGUACAUUGUUACUUCCAAAGAGAGAACGAAAUCCCCUGUCCCAACCUGUCCAUUUUGCGCUCCGAAUGACUAUGUAAUUAUAGGGAGUGAAUGAACGAGGGCUCGUUAUUACAGGAGACGGGAGUGGGCGAGGAGGAUAUUAGCCUCAACAGCACCUACCCUCGCAGGGAGCUAACUGAAGACCUUGACGACGAAACCCUCACCGACCUGGGACUUUCAUCCGGCGUGAUUGUCGUACGGUUCAA